AUGUUCAAGAACUUCUACGGCCAAUCGCAGCCGCCGAGGUCGCCGUCGAAGCCGCCCGAUGCGGCGGCGAAGUUCCUCGCGCACUCGCGGAGCAUGCCGCCCUUUCGCAACCCGGCGGCCGCGGGCGGAGCGGGCGGAGGCGGAGGCGCAGCGGGAGGCUUAGCUCCCUCGCUCCCCACGACACUCUCGACCUCCUCCUCCGCCUCCGCCACCCCGAUAUUCAACGACGAGCCGACUAGCGACAUCCAUAUUGAGAUCUUAAAUCGUAAAGGGGAGCUUCAUGCUGUUCUUAAUCUCCACACGUCCGUGCUCCGCGAGCAGAGCGACUAUUUCUUCAACGCGCUCGCGAAGCGCGCCGUGCGCGACCCGAUCCAGGGCGCGACGAUCUCACACGACGCGGCGGGGACCACCUUCACGAUCCAGGCCAGCGGCCACGUGGCAGAUCCCGACGCUUACGUGUCAACCUUCCGCAUGUUUUAUCUCGAAGAAGAGGAGCUUCCCGAUGAAAUUCAGUGCUUAGGCUCCGUAUGGCGCGUUCUAGAAACCCUAGUAGUUUCGUCCGAGCUGCAGUUCCACAUGUGCACGAGCGCGUGCGUGGAUUAUCUCGAAUCUGUACCGUGGAACGACGAUGAGCUGGAGGAGAUCCUACGGCUGGUAUCGCAGCUGGAGCAUCUGCAGGACGCGCGCCCGAUCCUCGACCGUCUGCCGGUGCGCACGUGGGACGAGGAGAGCAUCUCCGACGCGCUUCGGAUCCUGCUCAUCCGCGCCGUCGCGUUUCACGACAGCCGCCAGGGCGCGGGGAAGGCGGAGGGGGAAGAGCCCGCAGGGCGGGGGGCGGCGGGGGCGGCGGGGGCGGGAAGGGGCGGCGGAAAGGCGGCGGAGGUGGCUCCGGGGACGAUUGAGUGCCGAGAGGCGGCGAGCGCGAUUCUGCGGAACCGCCACGAGCCGACGCUCAGUCUUAAGACUAAGAAGGCUGUUCUUAGAGAGACGUUCGUCGAUCUCCUACAGUGCCUUUGGUCCGAGCAGCGGGAGUUAAAGCGUAGAAACUCGUCGUGCACGCGCGCCGCGGCGGCUGCUAUGGCGGGAGCGGGAGCGGGUGGGGGCGCGGGAGGCGGAGCGCCGAGCCCGUCCCCGCGCACCCCUAGAGACGCUCCGCUUCCUGUCCCCGCCACGUCCCCCGCAGGGGCGCGCGGGGAAGCCUCUCCCGCCGCGCAGCAUGACGCUCCGGCGCCGUCCCCGCGCCCGCGGGGGGAGGAGCCGGCAGGAGGAGGCGCGGGGGGAUUGAGCGGUGAUGACGAGGGGAUGCUGGAGAUGGUAUACGGGGCGCAAGGCGCGCUGACGUGGCUCGUGGGGCUGAUGCUGGAAUUCUCUAUGGCGGACGAGGUCUUUAAAUGGCUUGCGACUGAUAACGAGUUCGUCUCGCAGGUUCGGCAGAGCUGCUCCCUGACGCAGCGGCAGGCUCGGGCCGAGCCUGCUGAUGCGGAGGGCCUGCCGGCAGCCCAGGCGGCCCUGCUGAGUUCGGAGGUGUUCCAUACGGGGGAUGAUGUGAGGGAGAAGCAAUAA